UUCCCAACUCAACUAACAUCGUCAAUAGAUAGUCCCUCAAAGACUUGCCCCCAACCCAUUUCUUAGGCUAUUACAGCUUUUACCAAGUUGACUAUUAUUAAUACUAAUUAUCACACUCUGCUAUACAGUGAGUUAAGGAUAACCUGGGCCACAUGAGAUCUAUCUCAAUAAACAGAAUCUGAAGAGAUGACUCAGUGGUUAAAUGCUGGGAUCUGACCAGAGUUCAGACCCCAGCAUUUAGGCAGCAAGCUGAGUGUCCAGUAUACUUCUCUGUAACCCAAGCUCAGAAGCAGGCAGAGACAGGAGGAUUUUUGGGGGUUUGUUGACUUUCAGCCUAUCUGAGAAAGCACGAAUGAGCUCAGGUUCAGAGAAAGACCCUUUCAAAGACUAGGCAGUGAUACAAGACACCUUUGCUCACGUGGCCACAUGCACUAUGACUCUCAAAGUCACAUACAAAAAUCUUUUAAAAUACCAAAACUAUUUUAAGCUUUUUAAUCUAGCAACACAAAAAAACUGACUUUAGAGAAAAUAAAAAAUCUGAAGAGAGACUAUAUAUAUAGCAAGUAGAGCUGGUACUCCAAACUCCCAGUGAUGAGAAACUGGGGUUAGACCUGUCGACUGAGUUCCAUCAGCUGGCAAUCCAGAGUUAGCACUAACACAGCUGUGUGCUUAUAAUCCUUGCACUCGGGAGUCUGUGGCAGGAGGAUCUAGUUUUAGACCAACCUGGGCUGCAUAGAAAAUACUGUGUCUGAAAACAACAACAGAAAGCCCAGUAAUACUUAGGACUUUAAAAAGGCACAAGAACAUUUUCUUUUUUAAAAACAAAACAAGCAACAACAACAACAACAAAAAUCCAUUUUUGUUGGGGGCUGGUCCACAAUGGUAUGCACAUGGUCAGAGGACAGCCUUCAGUGUUUGGUUCUUGGAUAGAACUGAGACCAUCAGACUUGGUGGCAAGCUGCCUUAUGCGAUGAGCCAUGUUGCCAGCUCCAAGAACACUUUGUAAUUCAUUUUAUGACCUCAAACCCGGGAAGGUGUUCUAAGAGCCACAGGGCCGAUAAGCACUCACGAUCGCAGAUGUGAGAAGGCUCGACAGACAGCAGCAGACUGAAUUCAGUAUAUAUCAAAGGGACUGUGCGUCGUGGCCAAGGGAAAUUGACUAUCCCAGAGUGCAGUGUUGCCUCAGCACAUUGAUAGAGUAAGAGAAGGAAGCAGGGUACGGCAUCUCACUCCUGUAGCCUCCAUACUAGGGAGGCCAAGGCAGGAUGAUCAUGAUGAGCUUGAGGCCAACCUGGGUUACAGAAUGGAGACUGUCUCAGAGAACAGUCAAUUAGACUGAGAAGGUGACCCAUAUGCCAUACCAAUAGAUAACAGAAAAGGCACUUAAUAGAAGCUAUCAUCUUUUACAACUGAAAAGAGCUGCAGGGAAAUUUUCCCAAUUUGAUUAAAGGUGUCUUUAAAAAAACACAUAGGUAACAUUGUUCCUUGACGGUUCAGCAGUCCUUGUGUAGACCAUGAAGGAUGCUUGUUCUCCUGUUGUCCAUGGCAGUAGAGGUUCUAGCCAGAGCAAGGGUUUUUCUUGUGUAAGUCUAUAAUUCAGCAUGGUUAUAUUUAUAGAUUCAUCAACAAAGCUGCACAAAGAAAACUCUUAGGGGGGGGUUAAGCAAACAAGUUUAAGAGACUUGUAGAAAAUAAGAUCAAUAUAUAAAAAUCUGUUGUUAGUAAGUAGUCUGCAAAGGAAGUAAAAACAGUCCACUUAAAAUGGUGCCAAAAAUAAUAAAAUACUUAGGAGUAAAUAAAACCAAAGUAGUAUAAGAUAUAUCGCCUGAAAACUACAAAGUCUAUUUGAAGAAAAAAUUGAAAUACCCAGGACACGGAAAGCUAAGCUAGAUGGUCAUGGAUAAGAAGACUCAGCACUUAUGUUGGCAGUUCCCCAAGAAGACGGUGCUUUCUGUUCCAGGAUUCCAACGGCCUCUUGACAGAAGUCCUCAAGCUGAUGAAACUGUAGGGAACGUACAUAAAUAUGUAUGGCCUCAGACGAAGAGGUGGUUUCUUAUGGACUUAAUAACACUAAGAAUUGGGGUUCAGAAGAUGCUGUGAGAAGCUUUCUGACUCUUUCCAGGCAUCCAAGAUGUUGAAGCGAGGACGUGGUGGGUCCUCCGGAGUGAAAUUCCGGAUUUCCCUGGGUCUUCCAGUAGGAGUUGUAAUCAACUGUGCUGACAAUACAGGAGCCAAAAAUUUGUGUAUCAUCUCUGUGAAGGGAAUCAAGGGACGACUGAACAGACUUCCUGCUGCUGAUGUGGGCAACAUGGUGAUGGCCACAGUUAAGAAAGGCAAACCAGAACUAAGAAAAAAGGUCCAUCCAGCAGUGGUAAUUCCACAACGAAAGUCGUAUCGAAGAAAAGAUGGGGUGUUUCUUUAUUUUGAAGACAAUGCAGGGGACAUAGUAAACAAUAAAGGCGAGAUGAAAGGUUCUGUUAUCACAGGUCCAGUCGCAAAGGAGUGUGCAGACUUGUGGCCCAGGAUUGCAUCCAAUGCAGGCAGCAUUGCAUGAUUCUCCAGUGUAUUUGUAAAAUAUAUUCAUUAAAAAGUCUUUGCUCAAAAAAAAAAAAAAAAAAGAUGCUGUGAGAAGACUGGAGAGAGGAGGAUGUGCUGACUCAGAAGUCUGAAAGGACUGUCCUAUUGGGAUAUAGAAUGAACCUUAUAACUCAGUAUAGUCUUUUCCCUCUGAGAUAGGGUUUCUCUGUAGUCCUAGCUGUUCUGGAACUCCCUCUGGAAAUCAGGCUGUUCUUGAACUCAGAGAUCCACCUGCCUCUGCCUCCUGAGUGCUGGGAUUAAAGGUGUGAGCUGCCACCACCUGACAUCACAAUGAAGAGCUUUAAAUACUGCUAUGUAUGUAUAUUUCACAAUUUUACAUUUUUUGGUAAACACAUGCCUUUCA